AUGGCAAUUUCAUGUCGUUUGUGGAUUCCCAAUGGCAAUCGUGGAAGGGGCGCUGGGGGCGCAGGCGGGCGCGGUGCCCGGGGCCGCGUCCGCGGGGGUCUGAGUGACACUUUGAGGCGGGACAUCACCCCCACAUGGGUCGAGACGCGGACUAGCCGUCCACCCGUCCUACCUGCCCAUCCGCGUCUACCCGCGUGUACGACGGAAUUCUACGCUUCCAUCGGAAAGGCAGGCGGACGCUCCGUCUGCAACAACGUGGAAAGGUCUGGAAAACUGAAUAGGAAGUGGAGUAAGCCGGAUCCAUGGAAGCAACGGGGGCCGGCUUCCGGCCCUGGCGGCUUCCGGCCUGGCGGCUUCCGGCCCUGGCGGCUUCCGGCCCUGGCGGCUUCCCGCCCUGGCGGCUUCCGGCCCUGGCGGCUUCCGGCCUGGCGGCUUCCGGCCCUGGCGGCUUCCGGCCCUGGCGGCUUCCGGCCCUGGCGGCUUCCGGCCUGGCGGCUUCCGGCCUUGGCGGCUUCCGGCCCUGGCGGCUUCCGGCCCUGGCGGCUUCCGGCCUUGGCGGCUUCCGGCCUUGGCGGCUUCCGGCCUGGCGGCUUCCGGCCCUGGCGGCUUCCGGCCCUGGCGGCUUCCAUCCUUGGCGGCUUCCGGCCCUGGCGGCUUCCGGCCCUGGCGGCUUCCAUCCUUGGCGGCUUCCGGCCCUGGCGGCUUCCGGCCCUGGCGGCUUCCCGCCCUGGAGGCUUCCGGCCCUGGAGGCUUCCGGCCCUGGCGACUUCCGGCCCUGGCGGCUUCCAUCCUCGGCGGCUUCCGGCCCUGGCGGCUUCCCGGCCUGGCGGCUUCCGGCCUGGCGGCUUCCAUCCUCGGCGGCUUCCGGCCUGGCGGCUUCCGGCCUGGCGGCUUCCCGGCCUGGCGGCUUCCGGCCCUGGCGGCUUCCAUCCUCGGCGGCUUCCGGCCCUGGAGGCUUCCGGCCCUGGCGACUUCUGUCCCUGGCGGCUUCCGGCCCUGGCGGCUUCUGGCCCCAGGAGGCUUCCGGCCCUGGCGGCUUCCAUCCUUGGCGGCUUCCGGCCCUGGCGGCUUCCGGCCCUGGCGGCUUCCGGCCCUGGCGGCUUCCGGCCCGGGCGGCUUCCGGCCCUGGAGGCUUCCGGCCCUGGCGACUUCCGGCCCUGGCGGCUUCCAUCCUCGGCGGCUUCCGGCCCUGGCGGCUUCCGUCCCUGGCGGCUUCAGGCCCUGGCGGCUUCCCGGCCUGGCGGCUUCCGGCCUGGCGGCUUCCAUCCUCGGCGGCUUCCGGCCUGGAGGCUUCCGGCCCUGGCGGCUUCCCGCCCUGGAGGCUUCCGUCCCUGGCGGCUUCCGGCCUGGCGGCUUCCCGGCCUGGCGGCUUCCGGCCCUGGCGGCUUCCAUCCUCGGCGGCUUCCGGCCCUGGCGGCUUCCAUCCUUGGCGGCUUCCGGCCCUGGCGGCUUCCGGCCCUGGCGGCUUCCGGCCCUGGCGGCUUCCGGCCCUGGCGGCUUCCCGCCCCGGCGGCUUCCGGCCUUGUGGCCCCUUGGAUCCAGGGUCCCCAUCUCGCCCGCACCCCACCCCGGUGCGCCCUGGGCAGGCGCCGCUCCCCUGUUCCAGAGUCGCCCCCUGAGGCGCUUUCUGCCCUGGGCACCGAUCACCGCCCCCGCCCGCAGCAGUGGUUUGGUUUGAGCCUGAGCCGGGCUGGUCCUGGCGAGGCCCCUGGCCCGGAGCCCUGGCAGCGCCGCGGGGCCCUGCGCCUCCGCCCCCGCGGGCCCCCGGCCUUGGGCCCUGCCUGCCUGCGUUCCGCCCCCAUCUGUGUCUCCAUGGGGUCCAUGGGACCUCGAGCCCUUUCCCGGCUCCAGGGAGGCCCCGCCGCGCGCCAGGGGACAGGCCGGCACCGCGCCCCGGUGUGCAGAGCCCCCGGUGCCCGGUGUGGAGAGCCCCCGGCGCCCGGUGGGGAGAGCCCCCGGUGCCCGGUGUGGAGAGCCCCCGGUGCCCGGUGUGGAGAGCCCCCGGUGCCCGGUGUGGAGAGCCCCUCGGCCCCGGUGUGGAGAGCCCCCGGUGCCCGGUGUGGAGAGCCCCUCGGCCCCGGUGUGGAGAGCCCCCGGUGCCCGGUGUGGAGAGCCCCCGGUGCCCGGUGUGGAGAGCCCCCGGUGCCCGGUGUGGAGAGCCCCCGGUGCCCCGGUUUGGAGAGCCCCCGGCGCCCGGUUGGGAGAGCCCCCGGUGCCCGGUGUGGAGAGCCCCCGGUGCCCGGUGUGGAGAGCCCCCGGUGCCCGCUGUGGAGAGCCCCCGGCGCCCGGUGUGGAGAGCCCCCGGUGCCCCGGUUUGGAGACCCCCUCGGCCCCGGUUUGGAGAGCCCCCGGUGCCCGGUGUGGAGAGCCCCCGGUGCCCCGGUGUGGAGAGCCCCCGGUGCCCCGGUGUGGAGAGCCUCCGGCGCCCCGGUGGGGACAGCCCCCGGCGCCCCGGUUUGCAGAGCCCCCGGCCCCGGCUUAGCGCAGCCGCCCUGUACUUCCUUCUUGGAAGCGGGCGCUCCAGGCUGCGCGGUGCCCGGUGCCCCGAGCCCGCAGGCCUGGAGCGACCCUGUCGGCUCCUCUUGA